UCGUCCGGGUUUGGCCGUCAUUGUAAAUACGAAUUCGUUCUUAACUGACUUGCCUAGUUAAAUAAAGGUUAAAUAAAAAAAAUACAAUUGGUUUUCUUCGAGGAUUAUCUAACCCCCGCCCCAACAGACACACACCAAGAAACGAAAUUAUCUAUUUGAACAAGUUCUGACUGCAUUGCAUUACAGAAAAAACGGAAUCAUUUUUGGUAAUCAUAAACAGGUUUAUUUUCUGCCACAUUUUGAAUUUAAAGCCAACCUGCCUGUCAAAAUAGCGUAUCCAUGGUAACGUAGUCAUAGUGAGCACGAGGACAACCAAAGUCAAACAAUCAGAGCUCCCAAGUGUUUGGUCCUAGGGAGCACCCAGUGCGGAGAAGAUCAGUGCCACCCAGUGCGGAGAAGUCCAGUGCCGAGAAGACAACGAACUUCAAUACAGACUAAUCAUGUCAGGUACUGAUGUUUGGGUUGGCUCCUGGAGGCCCCACAAGCCCAGAGGCCCCAUCGCUGCACUCUACGGCAGCCCUGGACCCAAGUAUGCCCUGCCUGGAGCGACAGGUCUGAACUACCAUGACCCCAGGAAGCUGAAAGCACCGGCGUUCAGUUUUGGGACACGCCAUCGCCAGUUCAGCUCAGACUGCUCCCCCGGGCCAGGGUACUUGGUUCCCUCCAACAUCACCAGGAUUGGGCGUGACGGGACCCCUGCAUACUCCCUCUACAGCCGCCCCAAUGACCCCCAGCUGUUCCAAACCCCCGGACCUGGACGCUACUCCCCUGAGAGGUCAGGGAAGUCUGCAUAUUACUCUGCCCCUGCCUAUUCCCUGUCUGCCAGGAGCAAAGGCUUCCGCAACGACCAGACCCCAGGCCCUGCUGCUUACAUGCUGCCCUCUGUGCUGGGGCCUGCCACCGUCAACAAAACCUCUGCCCCUAACUUCUCCCUUCGAGGACGCAGCAAGAUCGGCAGCUUCCACGAGGACCUACAGAAGACUCCUGGCCCAGGGACAUACAGAGUGGUGGACCCCUGCACCUACAAACACAAACCCCCCCACUACAGCAUGACAGGACGCAACAGCAUGCCUGGAGACACCACCAGGAAACCAGGCCCUGGAGCUCACCACCCUGAACAGGUGACCUUCACCAGGAUCAAACCUCCAAGCUUCUCUUUCGGAAUUCGUCAUUCUGAGUUCAUCGCUCCCCUUAUCGUGAACUUGGCGGAAUAGGAACCCUUCCCAUUCCUCCAUUUCCCUCAUUCCUUCCCAACAUCCCUUUUCCUCAUCCCUACCCCCUUAUCCCAGCAAUAAAUUCAGCAGUAUAAAAAUGCUCUGCAGUGAAGAAAGUAGUUAAUUGUGCCUUAUUGUUCUUAUGUAUUGCCUAUUCUGCAUGGAGUACAAUGAUGCUGGAAGACAAGCUAACCUGACAAUCACAUAAUCCUUGUUGGUGAUUAAAAACAAAAGUAUAUUUUUUUAUAUGAAGGCUAUGUUUUAUCACAUCAAUUUGAUUUGAAUAACUGAGAAAAACACAUCGGCUAUCACGCACGCUUGAAAGUUAUGAAUACUUAUGUGGGGGAAAAGGAUUAGGCUUGUACUACACAAACACUACUUCACCUGUGGCCUCCCUUCAUAUUUUGUGUCACUUGUUUGUUGCAUGAAUGCUAUGAUUUGGGGAACACUUUUCUUUGGCCCAUGACUGUUUUAAUUUGCACAUAUUUUACCACAUGAGACUCAGUGUGAUAUUGUGCCAAAGGUCUAUGACCACUUUCAGUAUUAAAAUUAUUCUGAAAUACCUAGUAUUAUAAUAUUUUAUAGUUCCAAUACCAAAGAUGUGGUUUGAUAUAACAUUGAUUUGUCAUGAUUCUUCUCAAACCAAAAUGACUUGGCUAUGUUCACUCACUUUGAUGUUAUAAUGUGUCAAAAGUGUACAAUUGUGGUAAUAAAUAACGCUAGUUAUAAAUAAAUACAUUUUCAACGAA